AUGUUCGACAACCUUUCCAUUGCCCAGCAGCCCUCCGGCGAUGGCGAUGUGCCGAUGGACACCAGCGGCCAAGGCGCCCCGGUCCCCGCGGGCGCUUUCACUGACUAUCCUACUUCUGAUUUCCGUCCUGGGGAAGCGACGGUGCCAGCUUCGCGCCGCACCAACAACCACUCUUCGGGUAACGUGCGCAGCGCGCCGUACCCCACCAACAUCUCUCAGGCUGCCGCCCCGGGCGCAGUCCUGACAUACAACAACAGUACAUCGACCGGCGCCACCCACAUGGGAGCGCCGGCUGCGGCCCGCCGCGCCGCCGCGCGUCGUGCCCAGCGCUCCCAGCACAUGUGCCCCGCUUGCGGCGUCUCGCUCGCCAGGGAGGACAGCUACAAGAGACACGUGCAGCAUUGCCAGGGGACGAACGGCGGCAACUCGGGUCCGUCGUCGCGCCGUGGAGGAAGGCCGGGACGUGGAUCUGGAGGCGCGGGGGCGGGACCAACUUACUUGAUGGCGUACUAG